AUGGCAGAAUUGACGAGUCGUGACCCUAAUAAACACCCGGUGAAAAUUUUUGAAGCCAAAAAAGGCAAAAGACCUGUCUAUAUAGCAGCCCCUAUGGUCAGGUACUCUAAAUUACCAUUUCGACAGCUGGUACGAGAUUAUCAAACAGACAUCGUAUAUACUCCUAUGAUUUUAGCGAAUGAAUUUUUGCAUCCAAAAGGAAGAUAUUUUGAUUUCUCCACAAACGAAAGAGACACGAGUUUAAUCCUCCAAUUCGGUGUUGAGGAUCCUGUCAUUUUGUCGAAAGCUGCCGAACUUGCAGGCCCGUAUGUGGAUGGAAUUGGAAUUAACUGUGGCUGUCCCCAAAGUUGGGCUAUUCAUGAAGGAAUUGGAUCUGCGCUUUUGAAGGAACCUGAAAGAGUGCAUCAAUUGAUCAGAGCGGUCAAAAACACAUUAGGUGAAGAUUUCUGUGUUGAGGCAAAGAUACGCGUUUCAAAAGAUUUAGAUGAAACACGUCAUUUAAUGCAAACAAUUCAACGUGCUGGGGCCGACUUUCUGACUGUACACGGUCGAACCAAACAGGAUCGUUCUUCAUUUCCUGUUAACUUAGAUGCUAUUCGAGAAGUCCGUUCUUGUGUAAAUAUUCCUGUAGUCGCCAAUGGCGACGUUAAUUCCCUUCGUGAAGGUUACGAGAUUGCCAAGUUCACUAAUACAGACGGUAUAAUGUCUGCUAGAGGAUUAUUAGAAAAUCCAGCUCUCUUUGCUGGGUUUGAAGAAACACCAUGGGGAUGUGUAGAACGGUUUAUUUCCUAUUCCACUGCUUAUUCUCUGAACUUUCAGUUGUUUUACCAUCAUCUAAUUACCAUGAUGGGUAAAAUGACAACGAAACGGGAACGCAUGACUAUCCCUAAAGACAGCUUUGCUGCUGUUAUGGACUGGCUCGAUGCAACAUUUAUCGUACGUCGUCCAGGAGAACCAUUAUUUGGCGAAACAGUGCUUCCUGUGAGACGAUAG